AUGGAGGAUGAUUGUUGUGUCUUUGAUGUGGGAACCACUGAAUGUCGUGCUGGUUUUGCUGGUUUUGAUACACCUAAAUUGGUAUUUCCAACUAAAGUGGUAUAUUUAAAUGAAAUAGAAAUGGUACUUAAUUAUGGUAAUCGUCUUUAUGCUGGUUCAAAGCUAAAGUUUUACGAACGUAAAUUUACUACAAUGAGUCCAAUAUCCAACGGUAAAAUUACCGAUUAUGCACAAUUGGAAGCUAUUUACAAUGCAGCGUAUAAUGAAAUUGGUGCAUCAAAAAAAGACCAUGAUGUGUUAAUCAUUGAGAACCCAAACGAUGAAACCGUUUUUAAACACAAAGAAAAACUUUUUCAAAUGUUUUUUGAAAAUUUUGAAGUACCCUCGAUAGCAAUAAUGAACAGUGCAUUGAUGAGUCUUUAUAGUACUAGAAGAACUGAUGGAAUGAGUGUUAUUAGUGGAGAGGAUGCGACUUACUUUGUUCCCAUAUCAAAUGUAGGUUCAAACUUGAAUUCGAUACAAAAGAUUAACAUUGGAGGACGAAGAGUAUCUGAAUAUCUUAAAGAAAAACUAGGUACGAAUUGUCAAAUAGAACAGAACACAAAUUAUUUAAAAUACAUUAAAGAAAAUUGUUGUGAUGUUUGCUUGAAUAUAUCCAACAUGUUAAAUUUAUCAACCAACAAUGAAAAUGACGCCUUCGAGUAUUAUGUCUUGCCUGAUGGAAAUGCUUUGAAACUGGGCGACGAAAGGUUUACAUCAUCAGAAUGUUUAUUUAAUCCAAACUUAAUCCAUUCAGAUAAUAUUGGAAUACAUCAACAAAUUUACAAUUGCAUAACAAAGUGUGAUGAAAAAAUUAGAAAAGAGAUGUUUGAGAACAUAGUCAUAUCUGGAGGCAAUACUUCCUUUAAAAACUUCAAACAACGACUUCAAAAUGAAAUACAGAAAUUCACUCCGUUCGAGACAAAAGUAAUUGAAACAAAUGACAGUAGAUUAGCUCCAUGGCUCGGUGGUUCAAUUAUCGCAUCUAUCGAAAACAAUGGACAAUUUAUAUCACAAGAAGAGUACAAUGAAAUUGGUCCAAAUAUUUAUUAA